AUGGCGGCAAUGUACACCGACGAGCAUCCUGCGAGUGUCCCUGAGAGCAAGCAGCGCGUCAUCCACGAGCCCGGCACGUCGGCCAUCUCGAAGAACAUCCCACUUUCGGAGGUGAACCGCCACUGCACGCCGGAGAACUGCUGGGUGGCAUUGAAUGGCAAGGUCUACGACCUCUCGGAGUUCAUGGAUCGCCAUCCCGGAGGCCCCACAACCAUCCUCGCCUGGGCGGGAAAGGACGCCUCGAAGUUCUUCAACGACAUCCACAAGGGCGUGAAGAUCGACGCCUACUUGCGGCCGGAAGCCUUCCUCGGCGACCUGGGCGUGGACGGAGAUCUGAUGUCCGAUGAGUACUGGCACCAGCUCCGUGAGGCCCGGAUUGUGGAGAUCCGCCAGGAGGUCGAAUGCCUGCUCCAUCGGUGCACCAAAACCCACAAGGCCGACAGCAUCCCGAAGCUUUUGGAAGACAAGAACGUCGAUGCGGAGCUGAAGAAGAAGCUUCAGCGCCUCGAGACGAAGAAGCGUGUGGCUUUGGACGCCGAGGACUUCGCGCAAGCCGCAGAGGUGAAGCGAGAGCUGGAAGAAGUCCUCAGCCAUAAGGACCACGCGCAUCAGCACGACGUGCCUUUGGGCUGGACGAGCAGCGACAUCCCUUUGUCGGAGGUGGCCCGGCACAACAAGCCGCACGACUGCUGGAUCGCCAUCUGCGGCGAGGUCUUCGACCUGACGGAUUUCCUGCAGCACCACCAGGAGCAGCGCAAUUCCAUCCUUGCCUGGGCCGGCCGCGAUGCGACGCCCAUGUUCGACAAGAUCCCGGGCAGGUUCCCGAGCAAACAGUGGAUGGAGUACUACAUGCGCCCGGAGUUCAAGACCGGCAAGGUCGGCCCGGAGAAGCCAGUGGACUCCAUCAUCAUGGAGCUGCGCGAGCUGCACGACGAGCUGCGACGCCUUGAGGGGCCCUCCAAGGAGGAGAUCGAGGCGGUGAAGACGGCCGUGAAGGUGCCGGGCAAGACGGACGCACCGACCCUGUCGGAGGAGAGCCGCUUCCCCAAGUUGGCGGAGGUCUCGGCUGGCAAGGACCUGCCGUUCUUCUCCCGUGCCGAGGUUGCCAAGCACAACACAGCGGAGGAGCCGUACAUGAUCAUCCACAACCGUGUCUACAACCUGAAGCCUUUGCUGGGCAGCCACCCCGGCGGCGACGACAUCCUGAUGUCCAAGGCGGGCACGGAUUGCACCAAGGAUUUCGAAGUCUUCGAGCAUUCCGAGAAGGCCCGGGUGCAGCGAGAUCGCGACAUGCUGGUGGGCCAGCUGGUGCCGGCGGAGAACACGGACUGGUCGGAGUCGGCAGCAGUGCAGCAGGUGGUCGGCGAGGAGACUUCUGAGAUUGGCCGCUACCUGAAGUACAAAGUCACGGACGUGGCGGUUGCUGCCCUGGCUUGGUACCUCUUCAAGACCUUCCAGAACCGCAAGCCUUUGUCGCAGUUCACCUACAGCCGGGCCCUGAGGCACCUGCACCUCAUCAUGGCCGUGGGCAUCUUCGGUGCUGUGGGCACCGCUCAGGCCGCGUCCUACUCGGAGGGUCAGGCCAAGAAGCAGAUGCUCUGGUGGCACAAGCAGACCGGCAUCCUGAUGCUGGUGGCACUUGUCUUCCGAGUGAUCUUCCGAAUGCAGAGCGGCAUCCCACCGCGCUUCCCUGGCCACCCUAUCGUGCAGAUGAUCGAGACACAAAGCCUGCGUGCCUUCUAUGCCUUCGCCCUGCUGCUGCCAGUGUCCGGCAUCGCCAACGAGUACUUCCUCAAGUGGGCACCGGGCUCCGACAAGACCGGGAAGGCAGAGGACGAUCGCAGGAACGACCGCCUCGCCAAGCAGUCCAUUGAUGCCCACAAGGUGCUGGGCAAGGCGCUGCAGUACGUCUGGCUGCCCUUCCACCUGGGCUACACCACCCUCUACCACUACUCUCAGGGCCGGGGGGUCGUCCGCAAGGUCUCCCCCUUCAUCUAA